AUCUCUUGUGGUGUUGAAAUUUAAACCUGCCUCAAAUUUGGUUAGCCUUGAUGGUUCCAUCUGGGAUAAAAACUAAAGAAAAAACAUAUUUUGAAUUUCAUGCUCAAUAAUGAAAAGUGUGCAGCAACUAUUGAUAAGAGGUGUUGAAAGCCUACUGAUCAAAGAGAAAAUUGAAGCAGGUAUGCAUGAUUUGCCAGACAUAAGCUUGUUGAAGACUCUUAGAUAGGUCGUUUCAGCAGUGAAUUAGUACUGAAAAACGCUGCAAACUUAUUUUAGUGGGCAAAGAAGAUUUGAUGCCAUAUAUUCUUAAAUAUUUUUAUGGUAAAAUAAAACCAAGAUAUAUUCCUUUCAGAUUGUUAGUUAUCAGAUUGAACAUUUGUUAAUUUCCAAUUCAGUUAUAAAUGUGAAACAAAAUUGGGGCUUGGCAUGAGAGAAGAAAGCCAGUCCACAUGGAAAAGUGACCUGAUAAAAGGCCUAUCCAUUUACUUUCCCGUAUCACAAAAAUGCUGCAUUUUUUCAAUUCUUUCCAUUUUAUUGCAGGCUAAUUUUUUGUUUCUGCAUAAAGUUGUGACUCCUCAAUAAGGAGCCCACUGAUUCAUCAAUAGAAGAACUCUACGGAAGGUCUGCCAUCCUAUGGUUCUUUUUCUGUGUAUACACCAUCAACUGUUCUGUUUCAGGUUUGUACUAUACAGAUCUUUUUUCCUUGGAAGACUUGUGACAAUAGUCUGUAGGCAGCUUGCAUGUAUAUCUACUCAAAUUCAAUGUAAUCACAUCAUAUUUUCAAGCUAAUUCAUUAACUGCUAUUCAUCCUCCUUUAAUGAUGUAAUAGCCCAUCGACCUGUAGACUGUCAGGAGCAGCGCUGUUGUAGCAAUUUUAUGCUCUGUGAAAAAAAAGAACAGUUCGGUUGGCUGAAAAACUGAAACGCUCGGUAUCACUGAUAAGAAUAUUAACUUUUUGGCAGUUCCAAUAUUUCUAAUUUAAACCGUCUACGUGUUCCUGUGCUGAUUUGAAGUUACCGACAGUGAGGAUGAAAUGC